UUCCUCUCAAAAUGAAUAAAAAUAAACUUAAAACAAAAAAAAUUUUUUUUAACUUAAAAAAAAAAAAGAGCAGAGGGGUGUCACCUACCACAAGAAUCUGGUGAGAAGAGCUAGUGGUCCACGCUGGGGCAAGCUGGGUCUGAGAGGAGGGGACUGACUGGGGGAGGAGAAAGUAGGCAAAAGUCACACCUGAAUUUCUGCCUCCUAGAGGAAUCUUGGCCCUGGGAACAGUGCACCUCACUAAGUAUGAGGUCAGGAGAUGGCCCCUGGUACUGGGUGUGAUAUAGCCGAGUUUCAUACUCAUGCCAGGUGUCACCCCGACAGAUACGGGUUGUUCUGUUCAUUCAUUUGGUAGGUCCACCCCCUUGGGCACAGGAAGCAACUGAGGAAUGUAUGAGGGUUCCUAUGAGGAAUGGGGUCCAGGCUGCUGAGAGGAGAAAUUGUGGCCUGCUACUCAGGACAGUGGCAAAAGAAAAUAAGAAAUAAGAAAUAUGCAUCUGGGGGAUAACUAGAGUUAGGGUGGACCUGGAGUAGUUGGCUGAGGGGUCUAGAGAUACAGACUGGAGUCACACACACAGGGUUGAGGAUGUGCAAAAUUCUACUGUUGAGCUGUGGUAUGAGUACCAGAGGUUCAUGAUACUAUUCACCAUUCUUGUGUAUAUGUUUGAAAAUUUCCAUAAUAGAAGGUCACAAGAGAUUAAAAAGAAAAAAGUGUGACUAUGUAUCUGCAUGUGGUAUGUGUGUACCCUGCCAUGGAUGUGGACUCAGUUCAGAGACCUCUGAGUGCCAGAGUGCAGACAUGGGAGUCCACCACCAUGGGCACGUAUUGCACAAACUGCAACCUCCCUGCGGUUGGGGACAGCAUUUGUGCAGGGCAGGGGGAGAAGCAUUUGCUCUGUGCAGACCCUCCAUAUUCAUCUCAGUAUCUUGCAGAGUGAUUCCCCUUUCAUGAUCACAACCUGCCCAGGCCAUUGGCGCUGUAGUGUCUAUGUUACCAAGUAUGUGAGACAGGGCAGCUGUGUGCCCGAACUUGUGACAGUAUGUGUUGGUGUGUGAACACGGCUGUUCGUGUGUGAAUGCCAGGCACUGAGUGUGGAUGUGGGGGGCACGACUUGUGGGUGUGGCGGGGCCCUGGUCCAGAGUCCAAUGGUGUUAGACUCCUCACUCUCCUUCGAACGAUUCCUGGCAGCUCUCCAGCGCCCCCUCCUCCCGUUCUGGCAGUGUGGAGGGGGAACACCUGUUGGGGGGCUGGGAGCGGCAGAGCCCCGGGGGGCCUCUCCCCCCGCGCCCCCGCCCGCCCUGCCCCUCACCGGUCCCGCCCCCGCGCCCGCCGCCAGCAGAGCGGCGCGUGAGCGCACCGCGGCCAGAAGAGCGCACCGCUGCGGGAGCGCACGGCUGGGGACCCCGCGCAGGGAGCAGAGCCGAGGUAGGGGCUGCCCGAGAGGCGGGCAGAGCAGAGGGAACGCCGUGGAGACGCCGGGGGCACCGGGGCGCGCCAGGCUGGCGGCCCUUUCCUCGGGGCCCCGCCUGGUGCCAGCCCCCCCACCCGCGGGGGGACUGCGCCUGGAAGCUGUAAUGGAGGCCCUGCAGAGGCAGCAGGCAGCCCGACUGGCCCAAGGGGUGGGGCCAUUGGCCCCUCAACGCCCAUUGCCACCACCACUACCUCCCUUGCCUGGCCCUCGGACCCUGCAGGCCCCUGAAGGGGCCUUGGGGGAGGUUGGGACUGAAGAAGAGGAGGAUGCGGAAGAGGAUGAGGAAGGGGAGGAAGCCGGGGCAGAGGAGGAGGCAGCCGAGGAGAGCCUUCCAGGGACCCGGGGCCCCAGCUCACCUUCAAGUCAACCCCCUGGACCUCAUCCCCAUGAAUGGACCUACGAGGAACAGUUCAAGCAGCUGUACGAGCUUGAUGCAGACCCCAAGAGGAAGGAAUUUCUGGAUGACCUGUUUAGCUUCAUGCAGAAGAGGGGGACGCCAGUGAACCGCGUGCCCAUCAUGGCGAAGCAGGUGCUGGACCUGUACGCGCUGUUUCGCCUGGUGACAGCCAAAGGCGGCCUGGUGGAAGUCAUCAACCGCAAGGUGUGGCGGGAGGUCACGCGCGGCCUCAGCCUGCCCACCACCAUCACGUCGGCAGCCUUCACUCUACGCACCCAGUACAUGAAGUACCUGUACCCGUACGAGUGCGAGACGCGGGCGCUCAGCUCCCCAGGGGAGCUCCAGGCAGCCAUCGACAGCAACCGGCGCGAGGGCCGUCGUCAGGCUUACACCACCGCCCCGCUCUACGGCUUAGCUGGGCCUACACCUCGGGGUACUCCCGGCCAAGUCUCCGUUCCUGGCCCCGCCCCGCCCACGCCCAGCCCACGCCCUGCCCAGGGCUCUGCCUCCGGCCUGCCUGCUCACGCCUGCGCGCAGCUGAGCCCAAGCCCCAUUAAGAAAGAGGAAAGCGGAAUUCCAACCCCUCGACUGGCACUGCCUGUGGGCCUGGCUUUGGGACCUGCAAGGGAGAAGUUGGCACCAGAGGAGCCCCCAGAGAAGAGGGCUGUGCUGAUGGGGCACAUGGACCCACCUCGACCUGGAGCUCCCCCUAGUUUCCUGCCCCGUGGCAAGGUUCCCCUGAGGGAAGAGCGGCUGGAUGGGCCUCUCAAUCUGGCAGGCAGUGGUAUCAGCAGUAUCAACAUGGCCCUAGAGAUCAACGGGGUGGUCUACACUGGUGUCCUCUUUGCUCGCCGCCAGCCUGUGCCAGCUUCCCAGGGCCCAACCAACUCUGUACCCCCACUCCCUACAGGGCCACCUUCCAGCACUUCACCCUGAGAACUCCCACUCAGAAUUAAGAGUCCCAGCCCCAAUGCUGAGUGGGGCCCCCCUCACCUUGAUUCUUCUAGGGCACCCAGUCUAGGACCCAGCCCUGGGAGAUGACACCCCCACCCCCACCCAUCCAUGCCCUGUGGACUUGAAGCCAAAGAGUUUUCUUUUGAUGUUACAUCUACCUCAUUGUAAAGGGAGAGCACCGCCUCCCUGGCCAACUCCAGCAGCAUCUACCAAAGAGUUCUGCCCUCCCUAACCCCCAUCAUUUCCUCAUGUGCCUCCCUGUGUCAGUGUCAUCUCUAGGACCUCACCUCUUCAAAUCAGACCUGCUUCUCCUCAGAAGCCGGGUGAAGGGUUAGGUUGGGGUGUUGUGAAGGAGAUAUCCCUCAGGUCACAUAUGAAUAAUAAAGCUGCAGUCCCUCCCUC